GAACAUUGCUAUUAUCAGGGAAAAAUUAGAGGAAAUCCUGUAUCAUUUGUUGCCUUGUCAACAUGCCAUGGAUUACAUGGGAUGUUCUAUGAUGGAAAUCAUACUUACCUUAUUGAACCUGAUGAAAACUACACUUCAGAUGAUGACUUCCAUUUCCACUCUGUUUACAAAUCCAAGUUGUUUGAAUUUCCUUCAGUCGACCUGCCUUCUGAGUUCUGGCAGAUGAAUACUACAUCACAGAAUUUUGUUGUAAGGCCAAGACACAAAAGAAGGAAAAGGCAGGUUCGUCAGAUUCCACGUAAAGUUGAAGAGGAAACAAAAUACAUUGAGUUGAUGAUUGUAAAUGAUCAUCUAAUGUGUAAAAAGCACCGUUUGUCAGUCGGCCAUACCAACAGCUAUGCUAAAUCAGUUGUGAACAUGGCAGAUUUAAUAUAUAAAGAACAACUUAACACCAGGAUAGUAUUGGUUGCCAUGGAAACCUGGGCUACUGAUAACAAGUUCACCAUAUCUGAAAACCCCUUGGUGACUCUACGUGAGUUUAUGAAAUAUAGGAGGGAUUUUAUCAGAGAGAAAAGUGACGCAGUUCACCUUUUUUCGGGGAGUCGAUUUCAGAGCAGUCGAAGUGGUGUAGCCCACACUGGUGGAAUCUGCUCCUUGCUUAAAGGCGGAGGUGUGAAUGAGUUUGGAAAGCCAGACUUAAUGGCAGUUACCCUGGCACAGACCUUGGCCCAAAACAUUGGCAUUUUCUCUGACAGAAGAAAACUUCUAAGUGGUGAGUGUAAGUGUGAGGACAUGUGGUCUGGAUGCAUAAUGGGAGAUAUGGGGUACUAUCUUCCAAGCAAGUUCUCCGAGUGUGAUAUUGAAGAGUAUCAUGAAUUUUUAAACAAUGGAGGUGGAGCUUGCCUUUUCAAUAAACCAACCAAACUUCUGGAUCCUCCAGAAUGUGGCAAUGGCUUUGUGGAAGAUGGAGAGGAAUGUGACUGUGGGACAAUAGCGGAGUGUGCCAAUGAAGGAGGAGAGUGCUGCAAUACCUGCACCCUGACCGCGGGCUCCCAGUGCAGCAACGGGCUCUGCUGUCGCAAGUGCCGGUUUGAACCUAAAGGAGUUUUGUGUCGAGAAGCAGUGAAUGAUUGUGAUAUUGCAGAGAACUGCACAGGAAAUUCCAGCCAGUGUUCUCCUAAUAUCCAUAAAAUGGAUGGAUAUUCAUGUGAUAACAGGCAGGGUAUUUGCUUUGGAGGAAGAUGUAAAACCAGGGACCGGCAGUGUAAAUAUAUAUGGGGUGAAAAAGUGACAGCAGCUGACAGGUACUGCUAUGAGAAACUGAAUAUUGAGGGGACUGAGAAAGGAAACUGUGGAAGAGACAAGGACUCUUGGAUACAGUGCAAUAAGCAGGAUGUGCUUUGUGGAUACCUUCUGUGCUCCAACAUAUCCAGUGUACCCAGACUCGGAGAACUUGAUGGUGAAAUCACAACAUCAAUCUUGCACUAUGGAAAAGUCUAUAAUUGCAGCGGUGGCCACGUGAAGCUGGAUGAGGACACGGACCUGGGCUAUGUGGAGAACGGGACGCCGUGUGGGCCGGACAUGGUGUGCCUCGACCAUCGCUGCCUCCCCACCGAGGCCUUCAACUUCAGCACCUGCCCAGGCACUGCCGACGGCCAGAUUUGUUCAGGACACGGUGUUUGUAGCAAUGAAAUAAAGUGUGUCUGUGACCGAUUCUGGGGAGGAGAUGAUUGCAGUUCUCACAUCAAAGAUGAUUUAUUUUUUGAUAAAGAUGCCAUCAAUAAAGGUGUGGUUAGCACAAAUAUAAUAAUAGGGGCUAUUGCUGGCACCAUUUUAGUGUUGGCUCUCGUUUUAGGAAUAACUGGUUGGGGUUACAAAAACUACAGAAGACAGAGACAAAUACCCCAGGGAGAUUAUGUUAAAAAGCCGGGAGAGGCCGACUCUUUUUAUAGCGACAUGCCUCCUGGAGUCAGCACAAACUCUGCAUCUAGUUCUAAGAAGAGGUCAAAUGGAUUAUCUCAUUCCUGGAGUGAAAGGAUCCCAGACACAAAACAUAUUUCAGACAUUUGUGAAAAUGGGAGGCCUAGGAGUAAUUCUUGGCAAGGUAAUAUAGGAGGAAACAGAAAGAAAGUCAGAGGCAAAAGAUUUAGGCCACGGUCUAAUUCAACUGAGUAUUUAAACCCAUGGUUCAAAAGAGAAUAUAAUGUAGCUAAGUGGGUAGAAGAUGUGAAUAAAAACACAGAAGGACCAUACUUUAGGACACUGUCUCCUGCAAAGUCUCCAUCUUCAUCCACUGGAUCUAUUGCUUCCAGCAGAAAAUACCCUUACCCGAUGCCACCACUUCCUGAUGAAGAGAAAAAAGUCAACAGGCAAAGUGCCAGGCUAUGGGAGACAUCCAUCUAGCUGCACUGUGUUCCUGGGGUCACAUCAGAACUGUUUACUUUGGAUUUUAUAGAAACUCAGCAUCACUGAGUCACUGCACAUUCAUCUUCUCUUCAGACAAUUCGAAAGAUCAACAGAGAUGCCCAUGAUAUCGCAGUGAUAACCUCCUCAUGUGGAAAGGAAAAAACAGUCUUUUUUUUUUUUCUUUUUCUUUCUAUUUUUUGUUGACUUGUAUUUUAUGGAUUUGAUGAACCACCAAAACCAUAACAUUUGACAGAGAAUAAUUAGCCCAGAUGUGACAAGGCUGUUCCACACGGUGACAGAAUCCCAGCUGCAGUCCAUUUGCCAGUUCUGUGUAAGAGAGGUUUUUCUCUGGUUUACUGCAAUCCUGAGUCAGACCAUAGUGGAACUGGGGACAUGCCUCACGGAGAGCCCAGCUGAUGUAAACUUGUACGCUGUAUGCAUGAACCUUGUGUUCUUUACUUUCUACAUGUAAGGGAAAAACAACAUACUGUAGUAGAGACUAGCAUGCAGGAGUAAGAAAUAUAGGAUUUUUUUUUUUGUGACAGGAUUUCAAGCUUUGAAAGGUACCUAUUUGACACAAACAGCAAACAAACAAAGAUUAUAUCUUUUUUUUACCUUACAUGUUUAUAAUCUCAGUAUACAGAUUGUAUAUAUGUAAACAAUUCAAUAAUGUCAAAAAUAGCUGUUAUACGUAUGUGUAUUUUGCCAAAUGCCUAAAGAAACAGUCAUGACUAACAUCAUCACACUUCAGAUUUUCUAAUAUUAUGAGCAGAUAUCCUUGGAAUUACAGAAAGUACACUACUGUAAAACUGUGUCUCUCAGAAACUGGUGUUUGACCAAAAUCUAUACAAUCUUUUCAGCAUCUUAUACUGUCUUGACAAUCUCAGUUGUACAGUAGACUGCAGAAACCAGUACAGCAGCACUUUGUCUUAAAUCAUCGUAAGAGGAACCAGCCAAAAUCCCAUGUUUAGCAAGAUAACCAUUGUAUCCUCUCACAGGUGUAAUCAAGAAUGUUUUGGCAGACAACAGUCUUUAAGUCAUGUGCAGCCCAAACUUACUGAACAUUUGGGAAUACUUCUAAGUGGUCAAUUCGGGAUGUGGUGAUGUGAAGUCUGUCUGUGAGAGUUGCUGCGUAUUUUUGAUAGAGCAUUUCAGACACUGUUUUAGAUGGCAAGGCAUAGGUUUAUAAGAAGCAUAACAAUUUUGCUGCACUAGAUAAUAACAAUGCUGGGCAAGUGGCCAGUUACAUUGCUGUCCUUCAAUUUUAAUUUGUUACUGGAAUUGCUUUUACCAUGUGCUUGAAUGCUAUGCUUGUUGCCCCUGAAGCCCCCUUGACAAUUUUUUGGGGCAUUAAACUGAGCACAAGUGAAUUUAGCUUAAAAAGAAUGGGUUGGGGGGGAACAACCCUUUACCAUGUUAAUCUUGUGUAUAAGUUGAUGGUUAUAUUUAAACACCUGAGACUUCUAAGGGUUGUUGUAAAGCAAAUGCCUUCUGAUUGGGAAUUUUCGGUUAUUAAGAAACUGGACCUUAUUAAAUCAAUUUAUAAUUCUCUAGUUUUCCAAAACUGACUACUUCUUAGCUUCAGGUAGUUUUGCAGAAUAGCAGAAUAAAACACCCAACCGUGUGGUGCAGUUGAAUACCCUACCCAACAGCUGUAUGAUUAAUUAGAUAUUAUCUAAUGGGAACAUCUAUGGUGUUUCUGAAUCUUCUACCUCUUUCAUGUAUUUCCUUUAGUAAGUGAACCCAACACUUGCAGCCUUUUAAUGUAUUUUUUUAACUUUUACGUCUCUCAAUAAAGUCAGAUAUAUGUAAGAUUAAAUUAAGAAAUGUUUAAAGAUGUCGGCAGCUGUAAAAUAUGUAAGAUUUUUAGAAGCAUUAUAUUUUAUGAUUAGGCUGUAUGUUGGAUUACAAAAUAUUGGCCUUGGGAUACAAAUGAUUUUCCUGCACAGUCAACAGGUUCUGGUAAGUAUUUGGAAAAAGACAAAUAUAAGUGAGCAUAAGUGGGUGCAGACUGACCAUCUGGAAGGAGACAGUCACUUGUAACUGGUUUAGGGUAAGAUUCAGCAUUUUUGUGAAAGGUAAAUAUAUCAAUCUGCACUGAAGAAUAUCUUUUGCAAAGAUUUACUUUGAGGGUAUCUAUCUGGAUUAAAGCAAGUCAAUAGCAUGUAGCUUAUGAAAUUAGGGUCUGAGCCAUAACUUGAAAUCAAUAUGUGUUUGUUGAUUUCACUGGACUUUGAGCAGGACCCUCAAGAGGUUCACCCACGUUAGGAUAUUAUGAUAACCUGAUCGUCGAUGUAUUACUCUGUCACCUGGAAGCCGGUUUUCCCUCCAUAUUCAUAUCUUGUCUUUAGUAACUGGACUGUUCAUCUUGUGCCUUUUAUGGUAUUUCUUUGGAUACAAACUGGCAUAUUGUUUUGAAUAAUCUCAUUAGAUUUCUGUGCGUAUCUUACAUUUACCACUGUUUUCUCUUCCCUUUCUAUUUUGCCUUACCAAGAAGCAGCAAGAUUUGGCAGACAGAACUGGGUAUAACAUACUGGCUCUUUCUGCUAUGUUCAUGGCUUCAUGUUUUGCAAACAAAUGGCCCUCCUGACUGUAUUUUCAAUGUAGUAUGUACUUCCAGCUUCUUUUGUUUUGCUAUAAUUCAUUUGUAGCAUAUGAUGAUACACUUAUGUGUGUAGUAUACCUUUAACAGUCACCUUUACAUUUGGAGAUACGUAGUGACUGGAAGUCUAGUUCUGAGCACAAAGUUUAAGUUAAAUAAACGUUGAUUUUCACUUUGGUGGUCUAGAGUGAGAAUAUCACAGGACUUGUGUUUUUGCAAAAUUCUUCUGCAGAGAACUUUGCAUCAGAUUGGUAACUUGGGAGACCUGAACUGGCAGGGCUGUGUGAGCAUCCCAAACCAGUAGAGGUUGGACAGAGAAGUUGUUUGCUUACAAGCUGUCAUUUCCUACUUUAAAAUGUAGUGUGUUGGAAAGCUGACAGAUUAAUAACCUUGAAGAUUGCAAAUAUUUUUAUCCACUGUAGGUAGUUACACUGGCAAUAGCAAUAUAAACUGCUGCAUAAUACCUCAUCCAGACUAAAACAGAGUACUUGUCACUAAUAUAGCUCAGUCAUUUUGACUCAUUGAGACUCAUGCAAUUAUUUUGGUUUUAUUUUAAUAAAUGAAUUAGUUAUUGCCAACUACGCUGUAGAUGCCUGUUGAAGAGAGGAAGCUAUCAAUUCUCAACUAGAAGUAAUUGUUUAUAUGAGCAUAUGACAGGCAGGAUGAGAUAUACUUAAGUUACCUUUAUGUAUUUCAAUGUGGGAGAAGAAUCCUGUGUAAUUUAUAAUAAAAUUAAUAUGACUAA